AUGCUUUUAACAGCCGCCGAAAGGCAGAGUAGAUAUAAAGAAAAACACAAACUGUAUUCUGAAAAGUACGAAGAAUAUAAAAGAAAAAAGCGUGUGAAUUAUCAUACAAAAAAGAGACUUAUCAAGGACUUAACACCACAAGAGAAAUAUAAUGCAAGAACAAUUUGGAGACUUAGGAAGAAAAACUUAAGACAAAACAGGAAUAAUUUAAAUCGCCUUCUUGAUGAUAUGACACCUCCAAACUCUUCUUCUAUAUUGAUACCUGAAGCAGAUGCUAUGGUAGCCCAUGAAGCUUUUCAAAAUACAUCGCAUCGAAAAAAUGACGAUACGGAUAUCUCUGGUAUUAACAGUCCGCAAAAUAUGCUUCCACAUAAAAAAUUAUCAAGGUAG